AAUGACAAAAGCGUUGCAUCCGGGAAGUGGCAACACAAACACGUUCUUUUUCUUGUCAAGUUGUUGGGAGACACGUGCGUAAAUUACGCCGAAAUCUCUAAAAUAAUACAAAAUGAGUGAAGGAACCGCGACUAUUCGUACUCGCAAAUUCAUGACCAACAGAUUGUUGGCCAGAAAGCAGAUGGUAUGCGAUGUCCUCCAUCCAGGCAAGCCCACCGUCAGCAAAACUGAAAUCCGUGAGAAGCUGGCGAAGAUGUACAAAGUGACACCCGAUGUUGUUUUCGUGUUCGGUUUCAAGACAAACUUUGGAGGUGGCAAAUCCACAGGUUUUGGUCUAAUCUACGACACCUUAGAUUUCGCUAAGAAGUUUGAGCCCAAACAUAGGUUAGCGCGCCAUGGAUUGUACGAAAAGAAGAGACCCACGCGCAAACAGCGUAAAGAACGUAAGAACAGAAUGAAGAAGGUGCGUGGUACUAAGAAAUCUAAAGUAGGUGCGGCCGCUAAGAAGUGAUGUGACGGUUUUUACUGUAAGUAAUAAAAUACCCAAAAAAACUGCA